AUGCCUACCAUUCCAGUUGAUAAAUCCGACCUCUUUGAGUUAUUGGGUAAGUCAUAUACCACUGAAGAAUUCGACGAAUUAUGUUUUGAAUUUGGUAUUGAAUUAGAUGAAGAUACUACUGAAGAAUGUCAAGGUGACGAAAGACCUCAAUUGAAGAUUGAAGUCCCAGCCAAUAGAUAUGAUAUGUUAUGUAUCGAAGGGAUCGCUCAAGCCUUGAAUGAAUUUUUAGGCCAUAAGAAGGCUGCCGAUUAUAAAUUGAACCCAUCAACCCCAGAAAUUUCCUUAACUAUUGAAAAAUCUACUGAAUCGAUUCGUCCAUAUGCAGCAGGUGCCAUUUUAAGAAAUGUUGAAUUUGAUGAAAGACGUUAUAAUUCAUUUAUUGCUUUGCAAGAUAAAUUACAUACUAAUUUAUGUCGUAAUAGAACUUUAGUUGCCAUUGGUACUCAUGAUUUCGAUACUUUAACACCACCUUUUACUUAUAGAGCUUUAUCACCAAAAGAGAUCAAAUUCAUUCCAUUAAAUCAAACCAAAGAAUUAGAUGGUGAAGAAUUGAUGGAAUUUUAUGAAAAGGAUAAGAAUUUAGGUAAAUACUUACAUAUUAUUAAAGAUUCACCAGUUUAUCCAGUUAUUUUUGAUUCUAAAGAUACUGUUUGUUCAUUACCACCAAUUAUCAAUUCUAAUCAUUCUAAAAUUUCAUUAAAUACCAAGAAUGUUUUCAUUGAAGUUACUGGUACUGAUAGAACCAAGACCGAAAUUGUUAUUAAUCAAAUGAUUGCAAUGUUUUCUGGGUAUUGCAAGAAUGAAUUUGAAGUUGAACCAAUUGAAAUAAUUUCUGAACAUAAUAAAGAAAAUCGUGUUACUCCAAAUAUUACUCCAAAAAAAUUUGAAGCCGAGAUUCCGUAUAUUAAUUCAUGUUUAGGAUUAGAUUUAAGCGGUGAAGAAAUUUCUAAAUUUUUACAAAAAAUGUCUUUACAAUCUAAACCUUCUUCUUCAAAUAAAGAUAUACUUGAUGUUGAAGUUCCAAUAACCAGAUCAGAUAUUUUACAUCAAUGUGAUAUAAUGGAAGAUGUUGGUAUUGCUUAUGGAUUUAACAAUUUAGAAAGAACCAAACCAAAAGGAGAUUCAUUAGUCUCUGCAGCAUUGCCAAUUAAUAAGGUUGCUGAUAUAUUAAGAUUGGCUUCUGCCCAAGCCGGUUAUGCUGAAGUUUUACCAUUAACUUUAUGUUCUCAUGAUGAAAAUUUUAGAUUUUUAAGAACUAAAGAUGAUAACAAAACUGCAGUUAAAUUAGAAAAUCCAAAAACUAUUGAAUAUCAAGUUGUUAGAACUACUUUAAUCCCCGGUAUUUUGAAAACCAUUAAAGAAAAUAGAAAACAUUCUUUACCAAUUAAAGUUUUUGAAUGUGGUGAUAUUGUAUUGAAAAAUCCAGAAUUAGAAAGAGGUGCUUUCAAUCAAAGAAAUUGGUCGGCCAUCUAUGCUGGUAAAACUUCUGGAUUUGAAUUUGUUCAAGGGCUUUUAGGUAAAAUGAUGCAAACUUUACGAACCAAAUGGUUAGAAAAUCCAAAAGGACAAACCGGUAGAGGUUAUUGGAUUGAACAAGAUAAUGAAAAUCCAACUUUCUUCCCGGGUAGAGGUGCUAAAAUCUUUUUCAGACCUGCUGAAGGCGAAGAACCAAAACAUAUUGGUGCAAUUGGUGUUUUACAUCCAGAAGUUUUGGGUCAUUUUGAUAUCCCUUACGCUGCUUCUUCCGUUGAAAUCAACGCAGAAGUCUUCUUGUAA